UUACUUUGGGUCUUGACGGACGCUAUAAAUUCUGAUUACAUCCAAGACUUCUUGAGGACUGAACCUUUUGUUUUCGGAGCGUCGUUAAUUUAAUGAUUACCUUAACUGAUGUAAACGGGAUGGAAGCUACACAUUAUGCAUCUGACAAACAACCCCCUCCCCAACCCCAAUGUCUGAUUUCUCGGGUGGGGUUCCCGGGCUGUAUCUGCCGCUGCUUCGCCUCAAUCAUCCACCAGAACACGGCAAUGGUUGAUUAUACAUGUUCCGGGGCUGCUCUCGCGGUUCCGGGCUCCAUUAACAGCCUCGGAGCGCAUCGGCGGGGCUCGUAGCGGACGGAGCGCUACCCAGACUCUCCAGAUCGAGAGCAACAUUGUUUUUAUGUCAAGAUUCUAACAAUUACGACAUCUGUGCAGGUUUGAGUUUGUGAGAUAAAAGACCUUCUUCAGUCAUCAGCUAUUGGUUUGGGGGUCGUUCAGCGAUGGAGGGCCAGUGAGACGCUCACUUCAUGGCACAAAGGAAGAGACUUGGGGCGGGCAACAGCAUGGCCCCUGGGGACCUGUAUGCCCCAGGUCCAUGCCCCUGCCCCGCUCCUUACCCCAGCACCCCAACAGACCACACCCAGGAGGAGUAUGAGGAGCGGCAGGACCCUGAAGCCUCUGCCUACAGCGACCAUGAGGGGGCGCACUUGCCCAACAGCCGUUCAACCACUCCCACUGCUCCGGACCACGCCCACCCUGACUACCACGGGCGCAUGGACAGCCUUGACGGGGACUCCAGCUCGGACUACGUCAACAACACAUCAGAGGACGAUGAGGAAGACUAUGACGAAGGGUUGCCAGAAGAGGACGAGGGAGUGACCUACUACAUCCGCUACUGCCCAGAGGACGACAGCUACCUGGAGGGCGUGGACUGUAACGAGGGCAGCUACGAGUGCUCCAACAGCCGCAGCGAGCCGCCACCGGGUGCAGACGAGUGCCAGGAGGCGGUGGAGGAGUGGGCGGAAGGCGAAGGCAUCGGACACGGCGAGGUGCGCUGCGAGGUGCUGGAGCACGACUCGGACCCGCAGAUCUACGAUGGCAGACCCGAGCCUGUCCUGGACCACCACACGCACCCGCAAAGCCAUCAACGCCACCACCGCCAACGCCGCCGCUACCGCGUCCACCCCCCAGACCCUGAGCAGGACCUGCCUUCACCCCAAGUGCGUGAGAAGGAGCAGGAGGAGGAGGACAGGGAGGAGAGUGAGACCUACUGCCCAAACGAGAGGCACGAACCGGAAGAGGAGCAGGACAGAGAGGUCUACCCGGGCGACUACUAUGUCCCCGAGGACAACGGAAACGCCCCACUCUACAGAGGCCGCAAAGGUGUGGAGGGCGAGACGGGCGAGGAGACGGAGGAGGACAUCGAUCAGAUCGUAGCCGAAAUCAAGAUGAGCAUGAGCGUGGGUAGUCUCAGCAGUGGCACUGACCAGAGCCCAGAGGAGCUGACGACUGACCCGCCACCUGCCCGUCACCAGCCUGAGGCUCCGCCCAAGGCUGAACCCGCCCCCUACCCUCCGCCACACAGGCAUGACGGCAGGCCCAAGUCCCUCAAUAUCCCAUCUGCCUCUGGACACAACCCGCCCCUGCAGAAGGGCUCUAAGGGCCUGUCCCGCACCCCGGAGGAGAGGAGGAGGUGGACGCAGGAGCAGGCCAGAGAGCAGGUGUCUAACAGUGCAGAGCAUCCCAGAAAACAGCAGCGUUCUGAUCUCAACGGCCCUCUGGAGAACAACAACCUGCCGGAGCCGUCGAAGAAGGCCGCAUCCUUCCCCAGCUUUGUGGAUGUGCCUGGGCCCUGUGAGCCCGAGGACCUCAUCGAUGGGAUCAUCUUCGCUGCGAACUACCUGGGCUCCACCCAACUGCUUUCAGAGAGGAAUCCCUCCAAAAACAUCCGGAUGAUGCAGGCACAGGAAGCCGUAAGCCGAGUCAAGAGAGUUCAGAAGGCAGCCAAAAUCAAGAAAAAGGCGAGUUCAGAGGGGGACGUACAGACUCUGACAGAGGUGGACCUCUUCAUCUCCACCCAGAGGAUCAAAGUCCUUAACGCAGACUCACAGGAGACGAUGAUGGACAACGCCCUGCGCACCAUCUCGUACAUCGCCGACAUCGGAAACAUCGUGGUGCUAAUGGCUCGGAGGCGGAUGCCGCGCUCUGCCUCGCAGGACUGCAUCGAGACCACCGCCGGGGCACCGCAGGGCAAGAAACAGUACAAGAUGAUCUGCCAUGUGUUUGAGUCAGAGGAUGCCCAACUCAUCGCCCAGUCUAUCGGGCAGGCGUUCAGCGUGGCCUACCAAGAGUUCCUGCGGGCCAAUGGCAUCAACCCGGAGGACCUGAGCCAGAAGGAGUACAGCGACAUCAUCAACACACAGGAGAUGUACAACGACGACCUCAUCCACUUCUCUAACUCGGAGAACUGCAAGGAGCUGCAUCUGGAGAAGCAGAAGGGCGAGAUCCUCGGCGUCGUAAUAGUGGAGUCUGGCUGGGGCUCCAUCCUGCCCACCGUGAUCCUGGCAAACAUGAUGAAUGGAGGGCCGGCCGCGCGCUCAGGAAAGCUGAGCAUCGGAGACCAGAUCAUGUCCAUCAACAACACCAGUCUGGUGGGGCUACCCCUCGCCACCUGUCAGGGAAUCAUCAAGGGCCUGAAGAACCAGGUGCAUGUGAAGCUGAACAUCGUGAGCUGUCCGCCUGUGACCACAGUCCUUAUCAAGAGGCCUGAUCUCAAGUACCAGCUGGGCUUCAGCGUGCAGAACGGCAUUAUCUGCAGUCUGAUGCGGGGUGGGAUAGCCGAGCGGGGUGGUGUGCGAGUCGGCCAUCGAAUCAUCGAGAUCAACAGUCAAAGUGUGGUAGCCACAGCCCAUGAGAAGAUCGUACAAGCUCUGUCCAACUCCGUGGGAGAGAUCCAUAUGAAGACAAUGCCGGCGGCCAUGUUUAGACUCCUGACUGGACAGGAGACUCCUAUGUACAUAUGACUGAACGUGUCCCGGGUGGGGUAAGCAACUGGUCCACGCCCACUCUUGGGAGACGCAGCUCCAUCUAAGGAUCUUUGUUUCGUCAUCCUCCAGAUUCUCCGUCGUGGGUUUGUCUUUUGGUUUUUUUGCCUCCACAGAAAGUAACUCAUCACACUCUUGUUUUCUCCUGACACGUUCUUUAACGGUCAGCCAUUUGCUGAUGAUUCUGUGGGUUUUGUUUGUGCUGUGUGUACAUGCAGUGGGAGUUCUGUCAGAUGAUGACUAAUUGGAGCCAAUGCUUCAUGUUUUUUUUUCUUUCCUGUAUGCAAAUAAAAAGGGGAGCCACUGUAUAUUUAUUUCGGCUUCCCUUCUUGUUUCUUCGUAAUGAAUGCUAAUGUCUUGCUCCUGUUUGGACUGUGCUGGAGAGUUUGUGAUGUACAUAGCUACUCAUUCUGACACAUGACAGGAAUGGAAAAGCCAGGGUGAGAAGGCCACCCAUGUAAUGUCCAAAAAUAGCAAAACUGGAGGCUGUAUCAGAACUGUAUUGAGGGGAAAAGUUGUUCCAGAAAAAAAGAUACUGAGGUACGCAGCUUUUUAUUUUUAUUUUUUAAAACUACAACUCUCAUAACAGAAAAUAACACGGCUCUCUGUCCUAACUGUAGAUGCCGUCGUGACUGCUUGCAGCUACUUAGUUCGAUCUCAGUAGACUCUGCCAGGCUAGUUUUGUAAGCUACAACCAAAAUCUAACAAACAUACCCAUUUUUAUCAUUAAAAAAUGUAUCCUUUUAACAUUAUCUAUCUGCUGCCAGUAAUACUGGAUGUUCUCCUCGGAGAAUAUGCACCUGAAUUCCCAGCAAACUGCUGUUUGACCCCAAACCACUGCUAUACAACCAUAUUACACUACAAAAGAGUUGAGUUUUACAACAUGAGAUGCUACAUCUUGUUUUACGGAAUUAAAACCUCCUUCUUUUUUGGAAUGGGAACAACUUUCAAUUCCCUAUUAUCUUACAGUGAAUGUUGGUUUACUUCACUGAACACAUCGAGGGCUAUAUUUUACCAUCUGUAAAUAUGCUUAUCACUUCAAAUAGAGUAGCAGCAGUGGGGAAGGCUUUUCGGUGUUCUUUCUGAGGUGAAUGUCUCAUGCUGCCCAGUCAUCAGUUUAACAGAAAGAGACUCAAGCCCUGUAAAGAAGCACGACCUUGAGCCGAACUAGCUGAGAAUGGACCUCCUCCGCCCACUCCCUACCAGGUCUGUGCUACAGCUGCAGAAACCUCAACACGUGAGUAAUAAGUGACAUCGUUAGAUAUAGUGAUUGCUACUGUUACCUAACCUCAAUGCAAUAUAUGGCACAUUACAACAAAAAUAAUAACUUUUAUACAUCUUCACCAGAAUGUAAUGGUCUUAAGUCAGCAUAUCCUCGACUUUGAAAGAAAGAAGAAAGAAGUUUUAGAACCAGUGUACAUACGAAGUAACAACUAAUUGAAAGUAACAUUUUUGUAUUCUUAUUCAUCAUCAAAUUAAAGAUCGAGUUUUCUUUAUUUGGUGGGCAUUAAAUCAAGCAAAUCAUUUUAAGACUGCGGUUUUGUAACAUGGGAGCGUGCAAAUCUUUUGUAAUCAGCCAUAACUACAAGACAAUUAAUGGGUUUGUCCUACCCCAUCAAUAAUCAAAUAAAUAAACAAAAAAUGUAACUUGCUAUAAAUUUCUUUUAUUUCAAAGGCAUUCGAGUUGUAUGAGAUUCGAGAGGAUAUUUUUUAACGUGUGUUAUGUCCAUUUUUGUGUGUGCUCAACGGGAAACCCUUUCGAGUUGAUUGUGAAUGUAAAUGUGAUGUCAGUAGUGUGUUCAUUGCCUUGCGCAGUAUUAGAAUGUGUGUACAUAAAUGCAAACCUUGUUUAGUAUUGUGCCCAUGUAGGAAACCACUGACUCUGUUGACACCCCUUCUUCCCCCUCCCCCAUGUCGGGCCUCGGCUCUGAGAUAAUAAAUUCACACUGUGACCAGAAGCCUUACCCCAGAGUAAGAAACGCUUUUGAAAAUCUAAUAAAGGUUAAACGAGAAAAGCCAACCAAUCACAGAGAUAAUUACCUGUUUGCAUGCAGUCUAAAUGUCAUUAUACCAAAAAAAAAGGCAAAAGAAAUCAAAAAAUAAACAAAAAAUAAAGUGUAACAACCUC